AUGGUCCCCUUGUGUGUGUACUGCAACACUCGCCGCUUGCUCUUGGAGGCAGAUGGAGGUGUGUUGGUGGGAAGUGGAACCGCUUGAAGUAAAAGAGGCAGAAUGCCUACGCUGAGACUCAAGCCCCCACCAUGGGCCCUCCUGGUGGGGCUCCCAGUCUUUCUGACGCAGUUAACUCCAAGUGUUCUGACGACAGUCCCAGGCACCCCUCUCACGGAGGAUGAAUAUGACACCUUUUUCUCUUUCCAAAAGCCCGUGUGGAAGGCAAACCACUUGUGUCAGAUCCGGCACAGCAAGGGGUGCCAUGAUCCUAGAAUAAUGCCUCUGGAUCGGUUUGAGAACCACGGCGAGAUCCCAGAGGGUCCCAUUUGUACUGAUCUUCCUGAGAACACACGUUUUGAGAACUUUUGUGAAUUUGCACAGUCUCGGUGCAUAAAUCAUCACUUCUAUGCUAGGAGGAUCCCAUGCCCUGAGCCUGAGCCUUCUCCAGUCAUAGAAGAGAUUAUUGUCAUCUCUUCAGCUCCAACCAAGCCACCCGACACAGCUACAAGUGAGACUACUUCACCUUCUCCUGAGAUGCGCCUUCGCACCAACAUUGAUGCCAUUUUGAAAUACGCCUUUGCAGUCUCUGGCGAGGAGCCUGUGACUAGAGAGCACACGCCAGCUAUGGAAACCAUAUUGGAAAUCCUCGAAAAUACCACGCCAGAAAAUCAGCCAGAGUCCACAAGUGCUCAAAUUGUCACGCUCAGUGCUGAAAUGCUCGUCUCAGACAUCCAAAACAGUGAAGGCACCACAAUUGAAGCUUCCACAGACGAUGCGCUUCACAAAAGCAUCCACCGCCUCAUUGCCAAGGCUUUUUCAUUGAAGAAGUCUCUGAAUGUAGAAAAUGUGCCAGAAGACAAAGACGUAAAAACAGACCAAGAAGCAGCUUCAGAGAAUAGUACCGGCGGCAGCAUCUUAUCUCUUGACAAGAAUGCAGCAUUGGUGAUUCUGUGUUAUUCAGUCCUGCAAGAUAUUUGCAUAGCUACAGCUGUUAGCAAGGCCUGGCAAGAAGUGGAAGCAAAAUUCUUUGGCUAUGGGGAUUUGGUAUGUGACAACUUUGGUCGACGCCACACAGAUCUGUGUUCUGGGUGUGCCUUCUGCUCCUUGAAGAUAGAGCAGUGUCAAGGGACUACCAACCUGAAACGCAUCCACUGUGAUGGUGACUCGUUUAACGACUACAUCAAUCCCGGGAUCUUGGCCCAGCACAAGGCCAUGGUCCCUAUGAUCACCUCAGUGGAAAAUGAGUUUUAUGGGAUUGAGGAUUAUGGUGGCUUACAGACCGAGUACUGGUGUGGUCGCCUGGCUACCCACGGUUGUGAUGACUACCGCAUAGCGCUCUGGUUGCAGUCAGAAUAUUCCUCCUUUAAAGGAGGGGAUUUCCCCGACAAGAUCUGUGACUCAGAAGGAAUUGAACAUCCUACCUAUUGUGCUUUCAAGAGCAAGCAGUGCCUAGAGUACAACGCCCAUAAGAAGAAGCUGUUUCGAAAGGGAUGUCUUAAAAAUCAAACCUACAAAGUGCUCAACAAGAAUGAAGGAAAUGGUGAAGUGCUGCAAUGGAGUGAGAAAUUUGAAAACAUCGCUGAUGCGUAA